AUGGGAAAGAGUAAAGCAGAAAUCCAAAGGGCCUAUCGACAGCGCCUUAAAGAGAAAAACAAUGAAGAAUACCUGAGGCGGGAACGUGAGAGAAUGCGCCGUAACUAUGUACCUUCAUCUGAGCUAUCAGACAGAGACAAGAAAAGAAGAAACGAGCAAAAUAGAGCUAAAUUAAGAAGGUUUUACCAACGCAAGCGUGAAGAGCGACAACGGCUGGUGGCACCACAAGAACAAGACACAAGUGGGUAUGAUAGUGCUCCAAAUGACAGUUCAGAAAGAGGUCGUCUAAGAGUACGAAUCCCAUUUCAAAACAACAGGAGAAAGGGUGCACUUAUUAGGUGGAAACGAGAAUUGUCAGAGGCCACCUCACGCAUUAGACUUCUUGAACAAGAAAGAUCCAAGCUUCUGAAAAGAUACAAAUCUACUCAAAGAUCAUUGCAGCGGAUGAAGAACAAAAGUAAAAAUCAACAUCUAAGUCAAGAAUUAACACCACGAAAGCAGACAGAACAAGAAAUGCAGAUGGCAAACUUAUCUAACAGUCAGAAACAAAAAAUCAGAAAGUCACUGUUGCUAGGAAAUGUCAUUGUCAGCGAGGUCAAACGUACAAAAGAACAAACGCCGAAAGGAACUAUGAAAGCUAAUGCUGCUUUGUCAGUAAAGCUGCUUAGAAAGGAGGGUAUAGAUGUAUCAGCAAACCCAGAAAGAGCAACUGAAAACUUUCCAACUAAAGAUGACCUUGAGAAAUCGCUGCCUGAGUCAAUUGUAUGGAGUCAGUGGAAGAGAAUUGAAAUAGAAGAGAAAGGCAAGAAAAAGAUGGUAACCAGAGUAACCGAAACAAAAGUCAACAGAGAGCAGUUUUUGGUCAAACUAGAACAACAAAUGAAAGAUUUUGAAUCUCACGUGAAAAGGGUUGCAAAACAGUAUGAAGAGAUAAAGAGGCUUAAGCAGAACUUGCCAAAACACGAGAUGCUGUUGCAGCUGGAUUUCGCAGAAAAUUAUAGUUGUAGAUCUCUAGAAGAAGUCUAG